AUGGGUUGGAUUUUAGUGUCAUACUUGAUCAUCUUCCAAUCUUUGCUUCAUUUUUCUUCGUACCAUUGUUUAUCGUGCAAUCCUGAUGACAAAUCUGUGCUGUUGCAAUUCAAAAAUUCAGUUGCUGUUGUGGGGCUAUCAACUUCGCUUGGUCCUUGUGGCUUGUAUUCUCAAAAAACAGCAUCUUGGAACAAUGAAACAGAUUGUUGCGGGUGGAAUGGUGUCAGAUGUGACUCUGAGUUAGGUCAUGUGAUUGGCCUCGACCUUUCCUGCAGUCCUCUUAAAGGUGAGCUACUUGGUCCCAAUAGUUCCAUUUUCAAGCUAAGCCACCUUCAACAGCUUAACCUACUUUCUGGUGAUUUAGAUGGAUCUCCAAUACACUCUGCAAUUGGUGAUCUUGUGAGUCUCACUGAUUUAACAUUAUAUUACCUUAGAAUUAGUGGUGAUGUUCCCUCCACAAUCUCUCACUUUUCAAAAUUAGAACAUCUUGAUCUCACUGUAGAAUCUCUUGAUUCCACAGCGAGACUUGAUUCAUACACUUGGAACAGACUCAUUAACAACGCCACUAAUUUAAGGGAAAUUUUUUUACGUGGAGUGGACAUGUCUUCUGUGGGAGAGAGCUCUUUGUCAUUGUUAACCAAUCUGUCAUCCACUUUGCUUUCUGUCCAUCUUACGGAUACCAAACUCCAAGGGACAUGGCCAACUGACAUCUUCCGUUUACCCAAUCUCCAAGAAAUACGCAUCGUAGUGAAUGAAAACCUGACAGGUGAACUUCCAAACUCCAACUGGACUACUCCACUAAGAUCCUUGUUUAUUUAUCAAACUAAUUUCUCAGGAAACAUUCCUGAUUCCAUAGCCCACUUGAAGUCUCUUAAGUCACUGUCUCUCUUUGAAUCCAAUUUUGAUGGAUUUAUUCCACCAUCAUUGUUUGAUCUUACUCACCUUUAUCUCUUACAUUUAUCAGAUAAUAAAUUAGUUGGCCCAAUUCCAGCCCAAAUCACCAAGCUCUCUAAAUUAUCGAUCCUAGAUUUGAGUGGUAACAUGUUAAACGGAUCAAUUCCCCUUGGGUGUUAUUCUUUGCCUUCUUUAUCAAUCGUGGAUCUUACUAACAAUCAACUCACGGGGUCUAUUGGUGAGUUCUCAACUAAUUCUUUGAAAAUUUUGAAACUUUCUAAUAAUAAACUGGAGGGCAAUUUUCCAAAUUCAAUAUUUCAUCUCCAAAGUCUUGUUCGUUUGAAUUUGUCAUCAUUGAAAUUGGAUGGUGUUGUGUACUUUCACCGAUUUUCAAACCUUACAGAACUACAGGAUUUGGAUCUUUCUAACAAUAGUUUUCUCAAUGUAAACUUUGAAAAUAAUGUUGAUUACACCUUACUCAACCUUUCAUUCUUAUAUUUAUCUUCGUGUAACGUAAGUAGUUUUCCAAAUUUCUCGGCACCACAUCUGAUAGAUUUAGAUAUUUCUCAUAACAUAAUUCAUGGAAGCUUUCCCAAAAGGUUUCAAGAGAACCUCUUGCUCUUCUGGAAUAAAAUUAGUUACAUUGAUCUCAGUUUCAACAAGUUGCAAGGACGUCUUCCGAUUCUACCAAAUGGCAUUCAAUACUUUUCAAUGUCAAAUAAUGAACUGAGUGGGGACAUUUCUUCAGCAUUGUGCAACGCUAGCACCCUUUCUAUACUUAACUUGGCUUCCAACAAUUUCUCAGGACUUAUUCCACAAUGCUUGGCAACAUUUCCUUCUCUGUGGGCUUUGGAUUUGCAAGACAACAACCUUUACGGAAGCAUACCUGAUAACUUUUCUGAAGGAAAUGCCUUUAAGACUCUAAAGUUGAAUGGAAAUCACUUGAAGGGACCGUUACCACAGACUUUGAAUCACUGUACAAAGCUUGAAGUUUUGGAUCUUGGAAACAAUGACAUAGAGGAUACAUUUCCCUCUUGGUUAGAAACUUUGCCAACUUUACAGGUACUCAGUUUGCAGUCAAAUAAAUUUCAUGGUAACAUCACUUCUUUGGGCACCAAACUUUCAUUUCCCAGGUUGAGGAUUUUUGACAUCUCCAAUAACAACUUUACCGGACCCUUGCCAACAUCAUAUAUCGUCAACUUUAAAGAAAUGAUGAAUGUGGAUCACAACCAAACUGGUUCGACAUAUUUGAGCAAUCGUGGUACAUAUAAUGAUUCAAUAGUGCUGGUGAUGAAAGGGGAAAAGAGGGAACUCACGAGGAUAUUUACUACUUGGAUAGUCAUUGAUUUAUCAAAUAGAGCAGUAAUACAAUGA